CCAAUGUCAUGCGCGUGGAAAUGCGCUGUGUGGCGCGCGCGCUUGCAUGGUGUGGCCGUGUGUAGUGUGGUGCUGUGUUAGAGGUGGCUAUGGCGGUCUUCGAUAAGUGGGUCGCGCUCAAGAUUAUCGAGUUUCUCUUUUGCGUAGCCUGCUUGGUGGCCAAGCGUGUGUCUAGCGACGAUGAGGCCCGGCUGGCGUUGCUGCUACAGAAGCUGUCGCGAGAGUGGUCUCUGCUUAACUCCAUCACUUGGGACUCCGCCGGGAGCUCCUUCGCAGAUGCUACGUAUGGAGGUUACGUGAUCAUCACCUUCAGUUUGAUAUUCGCGAGAGCUUUCCAAGAGAUCCCGAGAGGUCGGAGGAUAUUAGAGGGCAUAUUGCUUGGCGUGGGAUUACUUUUAUUUAUUGUUUUGGGUGGUCUAGAGUUAGCAUCUCUAGACGCAGUACCAGAAUCUCUGACAGUUAACGCGUGUGUACUUGGUGCGCUAUCACUGACAGUCGCUGCACUUUUCCUAAUCGACCUGAUGGGCCCCAGGGUCUACACAGCCACUAGACCCUCUCAAACUGACACAGUUACGUCACCAAAAAGCGAAAAGAAAGUGUCCAUCCUCACACAAGCGCCCACCAACGGCCACCUACCAGGCGAUAAGCAAAACGGACACGUUCCAGAAAGACCGAAAGAUUUGCCCCUCGACAAAACAGAAAUUAAAAAGGCUGAAGACAAGACCACGCUAUUCGAUUCUCCGAAAAGCACUCUGUCCCAACUAGAGGCAUUGGACAUCGAAAAAGACUUGGAAAAGUCUAAAUUUGGGUCUCUAAGGAACAUAGAAGGAGGGAACUAUGUCCGUCUUUCCGACCCUCUGGCAAUCCCAGAUAGGAUGCACUACGAGCAGGAACUCGCCAAGUUCAAUGAGAAAUACUUCAGAGAUUACCUCGAGUACGCUGACAGUCUCGACGGAAAGGGGAAGCUAGCUGUGAAAGAGCAAUAUUUACCGGAAUUGCAAACACCGGUGUUCGCUAAAGUGAAGACGGGACGAUUGCGGAGCCUAUACGACGACGUGUCGCCGACUUAUGAAAAGAAGAUACAGUCUAAAUCACCAACGAGAGCGAAGACGGUGGCAACGCCCACGCUGCAGCAAUUGGAGGACUAUUUGAAGAGUUCUGGAAGGUCGCGUAGGGGAGAUACGCCCGCGAUGUUUCCCAUGGAGCCUAUAGAGGAGAAAGACGGGAAUGAAGGAGAGGGCAGGGCAUCCGGGACGCCAACUGACCCCGGCUACGUGCAAUACACGGCGAAAAAAUGGCCGGACAAACGAGAACUGAGAACGCCGCGACACAGUCCGACGCAAUGAUUUAUGUGCGUGAUUAAUUACCUCGAGUGAUAAUUAUCUGUGCCGCGGAUGACAUAUGGUACCUACAUAUAUUUUGUACGUGUGGUUAUGACAUUGCAGGUUAUAAAGUGCGAGUUUUUUAUUAUUACAUGUGAUAUAUGUUUGUACGUGGUGUAGCACGUAAAUAGGAAAUAAAUUAACUAUAGGAAUACAGUAUGUUUUUAUCUGAAUGUAAAUAUUUAUAUUUUACAAAAACUUUAAUAAACUUUGACUUUUCAUGACUGAUUCAUCCUUGAGAAGUAGAACGAUUAUCUAUUUUUUUUUCGAAAACACACAGUUAAUUAUAACGCAAUUCAAGUAGGAAGCCCAAUAGGGGAUUUUGGGAUUUACUCGAGCGCGUCAUAUUAAUAUAAGGGAAGGAACCUAUUACUAAGUACCUCCAGAAAGUAUGAGCAGUUAAUAUUGGUGGGUGCGCUCAGACGAGCCGCAGGAAAU